GUCACUGUUUUGAAUAGUUCUUUGACCCAUUCAAACCAUCGCUAGUAUGAAGGCAGUCUGAUCACUGCAUUCUUCCUUCAAUUCGCCUGCUGUCCGCCCCUCUGGCUUUCGUAGCCACUUUUUCUUACAUCGCCCAACCACUACUGGCUCAGCUACCUUGUUAUUCUCUCAUCGAACGCAUGGAAGCGCUCUCAACCUAAAUAUAUCAUCAUUAUUAGCUUCGACUUUGACAUGUCCGCCAUGGAAAUAGACUCGGUUUGGCGGGCGGCCUUUGGAGAUGCAACUACUCGCCCAGCUCUUUAUGCCUCCGAAGAGCUAAACGAGGACGGCUUCCAACCUUUGAACGACCCGCAAAGCUUCGUGAUGAACAUAUCAAAUUUCAAACGCAAGCAACUCUAUGCCGCAAGUGCCAACAACCAAUUCGCCAUGAAAUUGGCUCAAGAUGAAUACCUCGACCUGGAACGCCAAAUAUCCCGCAUCAAAGGCAAAGACACAACCAAGAACCCCCAGGAUCUUCCGGCCCCAGAUGUGUUCGAAGAACGAAAGGAAGCCGCACUCUAUGGCUACAAAUAUGAACCCAAUAAGCCAGCACUGCUCAUUGCCGGCAUUCCAGGACUUCGAUCCGCGGAUGAUCUUAGCGAGCGGGAGAAGCAUGAUGUGCGACUUUUCCAAGAACCGUUCGAACAAGGCGGCUUCGUACCCAAGGAGCGAGAGUACAAAGCGAUGGUAGCCAAAGGCAGGAAUCCCAAGAACCUCGACGGCUGGGACCCAGUCGUGAAAAAUGGUCAAGCGCUUUACCCCAAACAGCAGGUUCAUCAUGACGAGUAUUCCAUCACAUAUGUUAAGCGCAAUGUCGAUGAAAAUGGCGAAAUCAUUAGACCUGUGUCGCCAGCCAGUGAAGCCUCGGGAGGCACGCCAUCCAUGGCAGUCGACAAACGCCUGACCCGGACCAGAUUUGAUGGUCGGAAGGUUCCACCCACGAGAGAUGUGUCAGAAGCUCCGUCCGCCCUGUCAACGCCGAGCAAGAAACGGAGCAACACUCCAGCUACUGAUGUUCGUGAAGAUACUCCAACAGGGAAACGACGCAAGCUCAAUGGCGUUGUGCCCGAUGAGAAUCGACCGAAGCAUCCCAACCAGUAUACCAAAGGCCGGCCAGGUUAUGGAAAUGUGCCACCAAACCCAGACCGUCCCAAACACCCCAACCAAUACACCAAAGCUAGAGAGAUGGCAGCUCAGAACACUGCGGCUGCUCCUCCUGCUCAAACCCCCUCAAAACCUGCUGGAUCAAAACCAGCUUGGCAAGGUCUAUCUGCCGACGAAUUGAGAAAACGCAAGUGGACGGACGAGGAACUGCUCGAGGCCAUCAAACAGGACUACCUCUGGCUGAGUAUGGAAGGUCCAGCAAAGGCCGAAGAGAUCAAAACCAAAAUCCUUAACGGUAUCAAUCCAGUGCGCAGCUUCAGUAUGUUGAGCAAGUGGGAGCAAUGGAGAGCUGAGAAUAGGGCCAAGAGACCUCGUACAAAGAAGGACGUGGCUGAAGGCACUCCCGACGCGGUCAAAGAGCCCAAUGAGUCCUCCAGACCAAAGAGAGCGGCAGCAGCGAAGAUCAAGCAACUUGCGGAACCAGACAGCGCUCAAACUACACCUGCAACUACACCAGCACCAGAAACCAUCCCCAACGGCAUUGUUCCGGAGGAUAUCAAGGGCUCAGGAGGAAGCAGCAGCAGGUCUACCAGGAAGAGAGGUGGACUAGAUCUCAAGAUGCUUAUGAACAACGGCGAUUCGGGAGAUGAAUUGCAACGAGGCACGGAAACUAGACGGAGUUCGAAGAGCUCCAGAGCUUCGAAACAUGAAGGUGCGGGCUCGGACGAGAUUGAGAAGGGAUUCCCGGACUUGCUGAAGGAGGAGAGCGAUUCCAUGAUUGUGGUCAAUGGUAACCCGGAGCCACCUAGGAGACGGUCUUUGCGAAAUAUGAGAAGAUCAAGCGAAUGAACAGUACACAGGGAGUAUUCAUAGCAAGGCAGGACAUGAGGUGGUGACUGUUUAGUCGCUUCAUUCCGUCAUUGGCGGCCAACGUACGCGCAACAUUGGUACACCGAAAGAGGUUCUCUAUAGGUGUAUACAUGUUGCAUAGAAUGCUAGCAGAGAGCCUCCUGCAAUGUUAC